ACAACUUUUAAUCCACAUUCGUUUUCAUAAAAGGUCAUAUCACGUUCGCUGACAUCGGAUUGGCUGUUUACUUAAAAUCUGAUAAGAUUAAUACGGAAUAUAGGUAAUUGUGCAUGAAGGAGACGGGCUCGCUCAUCGAUUUCGAUGAAAUUAGGCUCAUUCGUCGCAUUUUUGCACGAAAUGGACGAAUCUGGCAAAAAAAAGUGCUGCUCUCUGCCCUGUGGACCGAGGCAUUAAUCGUUGAAGUUGACGACUAUUGACUUUAGAAAAUCUGUCGCAUCGAUAGCAUAGGCCAUAGAAGGACAUGAGAAUGUGGUUACAGAGAUGUCGUUGGAUCAUAUGUUUUGUUCCCGGUGUAGAGAAGGUUUUGUUGCACAUGAGAAAAUUGUUAAUUCAAAUGGUGAAUUGUGGCAUCCGCAGUGUUUUGUGUGCGCGCAAUGUUUCCGGCCAUUUCCAGAUGGGAUCUUCUAUGAAUUUGAAGGAUACAAAUAUUGCGAGCAUGACUUUCAUGUUCUGUUUGCACCAUGUUGUGGCAAGUGUGGCGAGUUUGUUAUUGGCCGCGUGAUUAAAGCGAUGAAUUCAAAUUGGCAUCCACAAUGUUUCCGCUGCGAAGAAUGUAACGGUGAAUUGGCGGAUGCGGGCUUCAUCAAGUGUCAAGGCAGAGCCUUAUGCCAUACGUGUAACGCUAAUGUGAAAGCUGGUGUACUUGGAAAACAUAUAUGUCAUCAAUGCCACGGAGUAAUCGAUGACAAACCUUUACGAUUUCGUGGUGAACUUUAUCAUCCUUAUCAUUUCAAUUGUACAACUUGUGGUAUAGAACUCAAUUCCGAAGCCAGAGAAGUCCGUUCUCGACCUGGCUAUGCUGCCAAUGAAAUGAACGAGCUCUAUUGUUUGCGGUGUCACGAUAAAAUGGGAAUCCCAAUUUGUGGUGCCUGUCGACGUCCCAUCGAAGAACGCGUGGUAACGGCACUUGGCAAACAUUGGCAUGUGGAGCAUUUUGUAUGUGCUAAAUGCGAAAAACCCUUCCUGGGACAUCGCCAUUACGAGAAAAAAGGUCUUGCUUAUUGCGAGACUCAUUAUCAUCAAUUGUUUGGGAAUCUUUGCUUUGUCUGUAAUCAGGUUAUCUCUGGAGAUGUUUUUACAGCGUUGAAUAAGGCAUGGUGCGUUCAUCACUUUGCAUGUGCAUUCUGCGACCAGAAGAUGAAUCAGAAGACCAAGUUCUUCGAGUUUGACCUAAAGCCCGCGUGCAAGAAGUGCUAUGAUAAGUUUCCGCAAGAGUUGAAAAAGCGGAUGCGACGUAUGUACGAUCUGAAUCCUAAAAGGAUUCCACCAGCAUAAACACAGAUCUCGGCUUGGGCUCUUCUACGUGACUCUCUCAAGAUUUAAUCAAUAUUCAUUUGAUUUGCUUGUAGUGCCUUAUUUAUCUUAAUAUUAAUAUAAGAAACUACAUUUAACUAUUUGUUAUAUUGUAAGCUUACGUAGAGCCUACCAAAACUACUUAUUUAUCAGUUGAAACACUUUGUGUGUGUGUGUGUAUGUGACAUAAUUACUAUAAUUAUUUUUUGAUCAAAGGUGUGAGUGCAUCUUCGAUUUAAAAUAUCUUUUCUAAUUUGGCAUUUACGAAUAGGAGAGUGUGCAAUAGCUCUUCUAUAUGUAUACAUUUUGUGUAUGUGAAGCGUAACAUUAGUUUACAUACAACACACACGCACACAUCUAUAUACACAGGAUGUAACUAAAAUAAGGUAACAAACUUCGGAGCCAAGCUCCCACAUAAAAAAAAUUCAUGUGAACAUAUGCUGUAAGUCCACUGUUACUGACACACGCGCGCGCGCGCGCGCAGUGUGUCAGAUGUAACACAUUACCUGCUAAUGGCAGAUUCCUCAAGUUAUUUCGAGACUAAAAUUCUAUAAUAGUUUUUGAAUUAUAAUCAUUUAAAGCUAGCAAAUUAUACUGUCUAAAAUUUACGCGUUCAAGUAUGUUACAACGCAAAGUGCUAAAAGUAAAAGCUAAUAGUUGCCUUUCGUUAAUAUCGAUAUAAAUAAUUACAUAAGCGAAAAUGAAAUCACUGAUAUUUCUAAUUCUUGAUCGGGAGACACGAUAGUGUCUCAGCGCUAAGCAAGCGCGAAGCGUCAUGGCGCGAGAUAUUUGUUACGUUAAAAAAAUAUUUAGUCUGGACAUUAUUAAAUUUUCGUCUCAAAAUGCUUCAGGAAUCUGCCAUUAACAGGUGGUGCGUUAGGUCUGAAAUGUAGUGUGUGUGUGUGCGCGCGCGC